CCCGCGCGCCAGCUCCGCCCAGCCCGGCUGCCCAGACUCGGGAGGCUGCGGCGGGACGCGGGGCGUCAUGGCGGCCUCGGAGCGCCGCGCCUUCGCUCACAAGAACAACAGGACUGUAGCUGCUGAGGUCCGGAAGCAGGUGUCCCGGGAACGCAGCGGCUCACCCCACUCCAGCCGACGCUCCAGUAGUUCCCUGGGGGUCCCUCUGACGGAGGUCAUUGAGCCCCUGGACUUCGAGGAUGUGCUUCUGAGCCGGCCACCUGAAGUAGAGCCCGGUCCCCUCAGGGACUUGAUAGAGUUUCCAGCCGAUGACCUGGAACUACUGAAGCAGCCCCGAGAAUGCCGGACCACAGAGCCUGGGGUGCCGGAGGAUGGAAAGUUGGAUGCCCAGGUGAGGGCCGCAGUGGAGAUGUACUCAGAGGACUGGGUCAUCGUUCGCAGAAGGUACCAGCACCUGAGUACAGCAUACAGCCCCAUCACUACUGAGACACAGCGUGAGCGGCAGAAGGGCCUCACCUGCCAGGUCUUCGAGCAGGACGCCCCUGGGGAUGAGAGGACGGGUCCUGAGGAUGUGGAUGAUUCCCUGCACUGUUCGGGCUCCCCAGAGGACACGCCUCGAAGCAGCGGGGCCUCAGGCAUCUUCAGCCUGCGGAACCUGGCUGCGGACUCCCUGCUGCCCACGCUGCUUGAGCGGGCGGCCCCGGAGGACGUGGACCGGCGCAAUGAAGCCCUCAGGCGGCAGCACCGGGCCCCCGCCCUGCUCACCUUGUACCCAGCACCUGAUGAGGAUGAAGCUGUCGAACGCUGCAGCCGCCCCGAGCCGCCCCGAGAGCACUUUGGACAGAGGAUCCUGGUGAAAUGCCUGUCACUCAAGUUUGAGAUUGAAAUUGAACCCAUCUUUGGCACCUUGGCCCUGUAUGAUGUGCGGGAGAAGAAAAAGAUUUCAGAAAACUUCUACUUUGACCUAAACUCGGACUCAGUUAAGGGGCUGCUCCGGGCCCAUGGCACCCACCCGGCCAUCUCUACCUUAGCCCGCUCCGCCAUCUUCUCCGUGACCUACCCCUCUCCUGACAUCUUCCUAGUUGUCAAGCUCGAAAAGGUGCUACAGCAGGGGGACAUCAGCGAGUGCUGCGAACCCUACAUGGUGAUGAAGGAGACGGACACGGUGAAGAACAAAGAGAAGCUGGAGAAGUUGCGUGUGGCCGCCGAGCAGUUCUGCACCAGGCUGGGCCGCUACCGCAUGCCCUUCGCCUGGACGGCCGUGCACCUUGCCAACAUCGUGAGCAGCGUCGGAUCCCAGGACCGGGACUCCGACUCCGAGGGCGAACGCAAACCCACCUGGGCCGAACGCCGGCGUCGGGGCCCCCAGGAUCGAGGCUCCGGUGGGGAUGAUGCCUGCAGCUUCUCCAGCUUCCGCCCGGCCACGUUAACUGUCACCAACUUUUUUAAACAGGAGGCAGAACGGCUCAGUGAUGAAGACCUGUUCAAGUUUCUGGCGGACAUGCGGCGACCAUCGUCCCUGCUGAGGCGACUGCGACCUGUGACUGCUCAGCUCAAGAUUGACAUCUCCCCUGCACCCGAAAACCUGCACUUCUGCCUGUCCCCUGAGUUACUGCACGUCAAGCCCUACCCUGACCCCAGGGGACGGCCCACCAAGGAGAUCCUGGAGUUCCCGGCCCGUGAGGUCUAUGCCCCCCAUACCUGUUACAGGAACCUGCUCUUCGUGUACCCACACAGCCUCAACUUCAGCAGCCGCCAGGGCUCGGUGCGCAACCUAGCCGUGCGGAUCCAGUACAUGGCUGGCGAAGACCAGAGCCAGGCCUUGCCGGUCAUCUUUGGGAAAUCUAGCUGCAGCGAGUUCACCCGAGAGGCCUUCACACCAGUGGUCUAUCACAACAAGUCUCCUGAAUUCUACGAGGAAUUCAAGCUCCGACUUCCUGCCUGCGUGACGGAGAACCAUCACCUCUUUUUUACCUUCUACCAUGUCAGCUGCCAGCCCCGGCCAGGAACGGCCCUGGAGACGCCCGUGGGAUUCACUUGGAUCCCGCUGUUACAACAUGGCCGCCUGAGGACUGGUCCCUUCUGCCUGCCCGUGUCCGUGGACCAGCCUCCACCCAGCUAUUCAGUCCUGACCCCGGAUGUCGCGCUGCCAGGCAUGCGCUGGGUGGACGGUCACAAGGGCGUGUUCAGCGUGGAACUCACAGCCGUGUCGUCCGUGCACCCCCAGGACCCCCACUUGGACAAGUUCUUCACCCUGGUGCAUGUUCUAGAGGAAGGGAUCUUUCCAUUCCGGCUCAAGGAGACGGUCCUGAGCGAGGGCACGAUGGAGCAGGAGUUGCGGGCCAGCCUGGCAGCCCUGCGCCUCGCCAGCCCCGAGCCCCUCGUGGCCUUCUCCCACCACGUGCUGGACAAGCUUGUCCGCUUGGUUGUGCGGCCGCCGAUCAUCUGUGGCCAGAUGGUGAACCUGGGACGAGGGGCCUUUGAAGCGAUGGCUCAUGUAGCCAGCCUUGUGCACCGGAACCUGGAGGCCGUCCAAGACUCCCGCGGUCACUGCCCACUGCUGGCUGCCUAUGUCCACUACGCCUUUCGCCUCCCUGGUGGUGACCCCUGCCUGCCAGGCGACGCCCCUCCAGCAACUGUCCAGGCUGCCACACUGUCCCGCGGCUCCGGCCGCCCCGCCAGCCUCUACCUGGCUCGGUCGAAGAGUAUCAGCAGCAGCAACCCUGACCUGGCCGUGGUCCCCGGCUCUGUGGACGACGAGGUGUCCCGCAUCCUAGCCAGCAAGGGUGUCGAUCGCUCACACUCCUGGGUGAAUUCUGCUUAUGCUCCGGGCGGCAGCAAGGCUGUGCUGCGUCGGGUGCCCCCAUACUGCGGGGCUGACCCCAGACAGGCCAGCGACCGCAGCUCCUCUUACCUAGAGGCCUCCUCCUCCUCGGCCCUGCCAGCCCCUCAGCCGAGACUCGCUGUGCAGAAGCUGCUGCACGAGGAGCUGGCUCUGCAGUGGGUGGUGAGUGGCAGUGCGGUGCGUGAGCUGGUCCUGCAGCACGCCUGGUUCUUCUUCCGGCUCAUGGUAAAAAGCAUGGAGCUGCACCUGCUCCUGGGUCAGCGCCUCGACACUCCCCGCAAGCUGCGCUUCCCUGGGCGCUUCCUGGACGACAUCACCGCCCUGGUGGCCUCUGUGGGCCUGGAAGUCAUCACCCGAGUCCAUAAGGACAUGGAGUUAGCUGAACGCCUCAACGCUAGCCUGGCCUUCUUCCUCAGUGACCUCCUGUCCAUAGCGGACCGAGGCUACGUCUUCAGCCUGGUGCGCGCUCACUACAAGCAGGUGACCACUCGGCUGCAAUCCGCCCCCAACCCAGCUGCACUGCUCACACUGCGAAUGGACUUCACCCGCAUCCUGUGUAGCCAUGAGCACUACGUGACCCUGAACCUCCCCUGUUGCCCCCUGUCGCCCCCAGCCUCCCCCUCCCCCUCGGUGUCCUCCACCACCUCCCAGAGCUCCACCUUCUCCAGCCAGACCCCUGACCCAAAGGUGACCAACAUGUUCGAGCUGAGCGGGCCAUUCAGGCAGCAGCACUUCCUGUCCGGACUCCUGCUGACAGAGCUGGCCCUGGCCCUGGAUCCAGAGGCUGAGGGGGCGUCCCUUCUGCACAAGAAGGCCAUUAGCGCCGUGCACAGCCUGCUGUGCAGCCACGAUGUUGACUCCCGCUACACUGAAGCCUCCGUGAAGGCCAAGGUGGCCGAGCUGUACCUGCCCCUCCUCUCCCUUGCGAGGGACACACUGCCGCGGCUGCACAGCUUUGCGGAGGGCUCAGGGCAGCGAUCAAGACUGGCUUCCAUGCUGGACUCAGACACAGAUGGUGAAGGGGACAUCGGCGGCACCAUCAACCCGUCUGUGGCCAUGGCCAUCGCUGGGGGGCCCCUGGCUCCUGGCUCUCGCACCAGCAUUUCCCAAGGACCUUCAACGGCAGCCCGCUCAGGCUGUCCCCUGUCUGCCGAAUGCAGCCGGACCUUGCUGGUGUGUGUGCUGUGGGUCUUGAAGAAUGCAGAGCCAGCGCUCCUGCAGCGCUGGGCCGCUGACCUGGCCCUGCCCCAGCUGGGGCGCCUCCUCGACCUGCUCUACCUCUGUCUGGCUGCCUUCGAGUACAAGGGGAAGAAAGCCUUUGAGCGGAUCAACAGCCUCACGUUCAAGAAGUCCCUGGACAUGAGGGCCCGUCUGGAGGAGGCCAUCCUGGGGACCAUCGGGGCGAGGCAGGAGAUGGUGCGGCGGAGCCGGGAGAGAAGUCCAUUUGGAAACCAAGAGAAUGUUCGCUGGCGUAAGAGUGUCACACACUGGAGACAGACCUCAGACCGUGUGGACAAGACCAAGGACGAAAUGGAACACGAAGCUCUGGUAGAUGGAAACCUGGCGACAGAGGCCAGCCUGGUGGUCCUGGACACGCUGGAGAUCAUCGUGCAGACAGUGAUGCUGUCCGAGGCCCGUGAGAGCGUCCUGGGUGCUGUGUUGAAAGUGGUCCUCUACAGUCUCGGCAGCGCCCAGAGCGCCCUCUUCCUGCAGCACGGCCUGGCCACCCAGCGGGCCCUGGUCUCCAAGUUUCCAGAACUGCUUUUCGAGGAGGACACGGAGCUUUGUGCCGACCUCUGCCUGAGGCUUCUGCGACACUGUGGCAGCCGCGUCAGCACCAUCCGCACACACGCCAGCGCCUCACUCUACCUGCUUAUGCGCCAGAACUUCGAGAUCGGCCAUAACUUUGCCCGUGUGAAGAUGCUGGUGACCAUGUCCCUGUCGUCCCUUGUGGGGACAACUCAGAACUUCAGUGAAGAGCACUUGAGAAGGUCGCUCAAGACCAUCCUUACCUAUGCAGAGGAGGACCUAGGGCUGAGGGACAGCACCUUCGCUGAGCAGGUUCAGGAUCUCAUGUUCAACCUGCACAUGAUCCUGACGGACACGGUGAAGAUGAAGGAGCACCAGGAGGACCCCGAGAUGCUCCUGGACCUCAUGUACAGAAUUGCCCGGGGAUACCAAGGCUCUCCAGACCUGCGGCUGACGUGGCUGCAGAACAUGGCUGGCAAACAUGCAGAGCUGGGCAACCACGCAGAGGCUGCCCAGUGCAUGGUCCAUGCCGCUGCCCUGGUGGCUGAAUACCUUGCCCUCCUUGAGGACAGUCGCCACCUGCCUGUGGGCUGUGUGUCCUUCCAGAAUGUCUCAUCCAACGUGCUGGAAGAAUCUGCCAUCUCUGAUGACAUCCUGUCGCCGGAUGAGGAGGGCUUCUGCUCUGGGAAGAACUUCACAGAGCUGGGCCUGGUGGGGCUGCUGGAACAGGCAGCCGCCUACUUCACCAUGGGUGGUCUGUAUGAAGCCGUGAACGAAGUCUACAAAAACCUCAUCCCCAUCCUGGAGGCCCACAGAGACUACAAGAAGCUGGCCGCCGUGCAUGGGAAGCUACAGGAGGCCUUCACCAAGAUUAUGCACCAGAGCUCUGGCUGGGAGCGUGUAUUUGGGACAUAUUUCCGAGUGGGCUUCUAUGGCGCACGAUUUGGUGACCUGGAUGAACAAGAGUUUGUGUACAAGGAACCGUCAAUCACGAAGCUGGCAGAGAUCUCACACCGGCUGGAGGAGUUUUAUACGGAGCGGUUCGGGGAUGAUGUGGUAGAGAUCAUCAAAGAUUCUAACCCCGUGGACAAGUCCAAGCUGGACCCACAGAAGGCCUACAUCCAGAUAACCUACGUGGAACCCCAUUUUGACACUUACGAGCUCAAGGACCGGGUGACCUACUUUGACCGGAACUACGGGCUGCGGGCCUUCCUCUUCUGCACACCCUUCACGCCGGACGGGCGCGCGCACGGAGAGCUGGCCGAACAGCACAAACGCAAGACACUGCUGAGCACGGAGCACGCCUUUCCCUACAUCAAGACCCGCAUCCGAGUGUGCCACCGUGAGGAGACAGUGCUGACACCAGUGGAGGUGGCCAUUGAGGACAUGCAGAAGAAGACACGGGAGCUGGCCUUUGCCACUGAGCAGGACCCUCCAGAUGCCAAGAUGCUGCAGAUGGUUCUUCAGGGCUCUGUGGGACCCACUGUGAACCAGGGUCCCUUGGAAGUGGCCCAGGUAUUUUUGUCAGAGAUCCCAGAAGAUCCCAAGCUCUUCCGACAUCACAACAAACUACGGCUCUGCUUCAAGGAUUUCUGCAAAAAGUGUGAGGAUGCACUGAGAAAGAACAAGGCCCUGAUUGGCCCCGACCAGAAGGAGUACCACCGGGAACUGGAGCGCCACUACAGCCGCCUGCGGGAGGCGCUGCAGCCUCUGCUCACCCAGCGUCUGCCCCAGCUGCUGGCACCAAGCUCCACCAGCCUCAGGAACUCCAUGAACAGAUCGAGUUUCAGGAAGACUGACCUCUGACAAACGAGGCUAAGAGUCACACCCAGAAGUCCAGCACCCACACCUCAGCUGCCUGUGCCUUUCUGGACCCCUACCUGCCCCUCCUCCAUGGGGUGACCAAAGUCCCUGGAGCUGGGCCCUCUCUCUGCACUGAUGGAUUCUAAGUUUUGUUUUUGUUUGUCUGUCUUUAAUUUAAAGUGAGUUUUAUAUACAA